UCAGUAUUAGGUGAUGCUUAUUUAAAUAGAAGAUCCGGUGAAGGUGUUAGAGUUUGUUAUAGACAAAGUCAAAUACACAAAGAAUAUUUGUUCUGGUUAUAUGAAUUAUUAUAUAAUAGAGGUUAUACAACUAAUCUUCCACCUAGACAAUAUACUAGAACUAUUGGUAUUAAAAAUGGAACAUUAUAUUACGGUUAUGAAUUUAAUACAUUUACAUUUAGAAGUUUUAAUUGGAUACACCAGCUAUUUUAUAAAAAAGGUAAAAAAGUAAUACCUGAGAAUAUUGCUGAAUAUUUAACACCAUUAGCCUUAGCGGUGUGGAUUAUGGAUGAUGGUGGUUGGACUAAUAGCGGGGUUAGAAUAGCUACUAACAGUUUUGAACUUACAGAAGUAAAACUAUUAAAUGAAGCUAUAAAAUCUAGAUAUAAUUUGGAUACAACUAUUCAAAAAAUAUAUAUCAAAGAUAAAUAUUCAAUUUAUAUUAAAAAACAAUCUAUUACUGCAUUAAUCAGUAUAAUUGGACCAUUUAUGCAUCCUAGUAUGCUAUAUAAAUUAGGUAUUAAU